GUAACAGAAUGAAAAUCUCAGUUGCGAACUCUCUAAAUAUAUCAAAAGAGAGUAAAAGGCAAGCAUCUUGGCUUCAUGUUGUUUUGAAAUUAUUCAGUGGGGUUUUGAAUUUUAGCAUCAAAAACCCAACUUCAAUGGCAGAUAUCUCAGUUCAACCGAGCCGAUCGAGGGACCUUGACAAGCUUCUCCUCAGACCUGGCAAUCUCGUGGGUCCCAGGUUUGAACCUGGCACUGAGUUGAGAGAUGAUCUUCAGGCCUUUGCCAAAGUUUUGGUGGUAGGGGCAGGUGGCUUGGGUUGUGAAUUGUUGAAGGAUUUAGCCUUGUCUGGUUUUCGAAACCUUGAAGUCAUUGAUAUGGAUCGCAUAGAGGUUACUAAUCUCAAUCGCCAAUUCUUGUUCAGACUUGAAGAUGUUGGCAAACCAAAAGCUGAGGUAGCUGCCAAGCGUGUCAUGGAAAGAAUUAGUGGUGUGCAUAUUGUGCCACAUUUUUGCAGGAUUGAGGACAAGGAUAUUGAUUUUUAUAAUGAUUUUAGCAUUAUUGCCCUUGGUCUUGAUUCCAUUGAGGCACGGAGCUAUAUCAAUACUGUUGCUUGUAGUUUUCUAGAGUAUGAUUCUGAUGAUAAUCCAAGAGAAGAGACAAUCAAACCUAUGGUAGAUGGUGGUACUGAAGGUUUCAAGGGCCAUGCUAGGGUUAUCUUGCCCGGGAUCACCCCAUGCUUUGAGUGUACCAUCUGGCUUUUUCCACCUCAAGUGAAGUUUCCUCUGUGCACCCUUGCAGAAACCCCUAGAACUGCUGCCCACUGUAUUGAAUAUGCUCACUUAAUUAAAUGGAAUGAGGUUCAUGGUGGAGUGGCUUUUGAUCCAGAUAAACCUGAGCAUAUGAAAUGGGUCUAUAACGAGGCUGUCAAGAGAGCUGAGCUUUUUGGCAUUCCUGGAGUUACUUAUUCUCUUACCCAGGGUGUUGUGAAGAACAUCAUACCGGCUAUAGCUUCAACAAAUGCAAUUAUAUCAGCUGCAUGUGCGCUGGAAACAUUGAAGAUUGCAACAGAGUGCAGCAAAACUUUGUCAAACUAUUUAACGUACAAUGGAUCAGAAGGCCUCCAUACUAAAGUGGCAGAAUUUGAAAGGGACAAAGAAUGUCUUGUGUGUGGUCCUGGUAUACGAAUUGAACUGGACCCUUCAAUCACAUUGCAAAAGUUCAUGGAUCUGCUGGAAGAGCAUCCUGUGUUGCGAUUAUCAAAAGCUAGUAUAACACAUCGAGGAAAGAAUCUGUACAUGCAAGCUCCCCCUGUAUUGGAAGAAAUGACUAGAUCAAACCUGAGUCUAACUCUUUUUAACCUCAUGGGUAAACUGCCCAAGGACGUUGUGCAUGUGAAUGGUACAACAAGCAAGAACGACCAAAAAAUCUCAUGUUUGAGAAAACUACGAGUUGUUUUCAAGGGAGUUGAUGGGGUUGCAGAUAUGGAUACAGCUGGAGGAGCAUAACUUAGGACAUCCAAAUAUGCUUUGCUGCUUGAAAUUUUCAGUCUUCCCAACUUUUAUGUGCCCUUUUGCUCACAUUAUUUACCAAGAUCAAUGUAUCACACACUGUUCAAAUGAGCAGGAGAUGUAAACAAUGAACUGUAUGCUAUAGUACACUGAAAAUAAGUUACACUUUUGGUCCUACUUCUAAAUUUCAAUUUUGGCCCCUUAUUUC